CUGGUGGGCGGGGUGCGAGGGCGGAGCUCGGGUGACGCAGCGCUCACGUGACCGCCGGGCUCCGAAGUGGGCACCGGUCCGGGUGCCAGCUCUCCCUCCCUGCUGUCGGACCCGGAGCCGUCUGGGCGCCCCUAAUUGUUGCUCCAGGUUCUUUCAGGUGUACGUGUCUGUUGUUCCCAGUGCUCUACUGGGCUAGAGAAGGAGGAGGAACCUGUCCAGAAUACCCGCAGGACAGGAAAAGGAAGGGACACUCAACAUGGAAAAACUCUGCAGUGAAAAUGAAGGAAAGCCUGAGAACCAAGGCAAGAUGGAAAACAAAGGACAGCCACCGGAUGCGGGAAAGCCAGGAGUAGCUUGUACUGUGGAAGACAAGGAAAAGUUAGAAAACAAGGGAAGGAUAGAUCUCAAGGGAAAGACAGAAGAUGAGGAAGUACUAAAGGAUAAAGAAAAGCCAGACAGUGAGGCAAAGCCAAAAGAAGGAAAGCCAGUGAGUGAGGGAAAACCAAAAGAAGGAAAACCAGAGAGUGAGGGAAAGCCAGUGAGCGAGGGAAAGCCAAAAGAAGAAAAGCCAGCCAGCGAACCAAGGGCUGCAGGAAAGCGCCCAGCUGGGGAUGAUGUACCCAGGAAGGCCAAAAGAAAAACCAACAAGGGGCUGGCUCAGUGUCUCAAGGAAUACAAGGAGGCCAUACACGAUAUGCAUUUGAGCAAUGAAGAGAUGAUAAGAGAAUUUGACGAGAUGGCCAGGGUGGAGGAUGAGGUGAAGAAAACCAGACAGAAAUUGGGGGGGUUUAUGUGGAUGCAAAAAAGUUUACAGGACCCCUUCCACCCGAGGGGCCCAAGGGAACUCAGGGGUGGCUGCAGGGCCCCACAAAGGGGCUUUGAAGACAUUCCUUUUGUGUAGUGCCCCUGGCAGGCAUUUGCAAGGCCCUAUGCUUUAUUUAACCUUAUGCUAAUACUAUGCUUUAGGUGUCACUCUCUUUAUCCAACUGCAGCCCUGUGUAUUUCAGUAGCAGAUUUUCAUCCAUUGCAUGGAAAAAUGUUUAUGGUGCAUUGUAAAAUGUUUAAAAAACCAGUUUCCAGAACCAUAUAUACGGCAUCAGUCCAUUUUUGUAAAACUACAAAGAUACCUAGUGAUUCAUGUACAGAAAAAACUCGGAAAGCUGUGUCUACUAAAAGAUUAACAGUGGUUAUCUAUGGGUGAUUUUUUUCUGUUUUUUGUUCAUCUGUUUAUAUUCUCUUUAAAAAACACAUUACUUUUAUCAUAACAAUAAUGAAAGAUAAAAAAUAUAGGAAAGCAAUACCAAGCAAUCAAAAGUACUGUUCGGCUUACGAAGGCAGUGGAGACACAUAAAAUUUCUGUUGUCAGGACAUGAAAUGAUAAGUAAAAGUCACAUUACCUCUGGGACUCAAAGCUGGAAGAGUCAACCUGGCAAUUAUUAUAGAUCCAUUAUUGUAAGGGAGAGUCUUAGCAUCAGUGAAUUGGGGAUAAAACUUGCCUUCCAGGCCUGUGGAGAAUAUCCGAUGAGAUGUUGAGUGUGUGAACUGUGUUAGGCUGGCUCCUAUCCUCUCUCCUGCACUAGCAGGACCAGAACCCCAUGAAAUGUUUGGGAGAGGGCUGAGGGAGCUCUCACAUGUGUCCAUAAAUAAAUCCAGACAGCUGAGAGGUGGGUGUCACUCUCCCCUGUGUAAUGCCAUGACUCUUGGGCGCUGUGCCUCUUCUAGUUUGUCCUGUACCCUCCUAAGGCCCCCACUGCUGCUGAUGUGCUGGAGAUCAUGAUGGACUAAAGAAACACAGUGUCACAACAGAAGGGUGGAGAAUUCUCUACCUACAGUAGAGUUUCCCUAACUCCGGUGGGUAGCACCCAGUUGUCGCUUGGGCCUUGAUAUUUAUGAAGGUCUUAUAAAACACACCUUUCCAAGUUUUUUGUUGGUUUGUUUGUGUUUUUGCAUACAGCCCUCUCCACUGGAUUUAGAUACGGGAGAUUGAGCCAGGAGAAAAAUCUGAGUGACCAGAUGCUGUGCUAUUCUCACCUGUUAAUCUCUUGUCUGCUGACAUUUUCUUCUUAGAAGGAGCUGUCCCCUAGGAAAUUCCUGUUAAGCCCUGGCUUAUCAUUUCAGCAGACCCAUCUACCUAUGUGAUUUUUUUCCUCUGGCUCUUCAUUAGCCUUUUAUUUGCUUAUAGUGUUUCUUUAAAUAAACUUUUAUUUUAGGACAGUUGUAAAUUUACAGAAUUAUUGCAAAGAUAUAUAGAUUCCGUUUACCCCAUACCUAAUAUCGCCUAUUAUUAACAGCUUACUUUAGUUUGAAGUGUUUGUCACAAUGAACCAAUGUUGAUACAUUAUUAUUUACCAAAGUACAUACUUUAUUCAUAUUUCCUCAGUUUUUCCCUAAUGUCCUUUUACUGUUCCAAGAUCCUAUCCAGGUUACCACCUUACAUUUAGUCAUUAUGUCUCCUUAGGCUCCUCUUGGUUGUGACAGUUUCUCACACUUGCCCUGUUUCUUAUGCCUUGACGUUCUUGAGAAGUACUGGUCAGGUACUUUGUAUAAUGUACCACAAUAUCAGUUUGCUUGAUUUUUUUCUUGUGGUUAGACAGGUGUUAAGUGCUUCUGGGAAGAAGAUCGCACAGGUAAAGUGGCAUCAUAUAAAGGAUAUAUGCUAUCAAUAUUAUUCCUGUUGAUGUUAACGUUGAUCACCUGGCUGAGGUAGUGUUUGUCAGGAUUCUCCAUGGUAAAGUUACCCUUUUAUUUCUCCCUUUCCAGACUGUACUCUGGAAGAAAGUCACUCUGCACAGUCCACACUUAAAGAAUGUGGUGUUAUUUCAAAGUUACCUCAUUUCCAAAGUUACCGCCUUGAGGAUGGAGUAUCUCCAACAUUUAUUUGGAAUUCUGCAUAGGAUAUUUGAUUUCUCCCCCGUUUAUUAAUAUAUUCAAUUUAUUUAUAUAAGUAUGGGCUCAUUAAUUUUAUUCUUUGGACUAUAAUACUAUUUUAUAUACUUUCAUUGCUCAAAUUGUUCCACUUUUGGCCAUUGGAAGCUCUUUCAGUUGGCUCUUGGAUCUAUUUGACAUACUUCCAUCAUUGUGUAUGUGUGUGCUUUUUUAAAAAAACUCUUUCUGGCACUACAAGAUGCUCUAGUCUUACCUUGCAUAUUUCCUGCCCAAGUCCUAGAAUCAGCCAUUUCUCCAAGGAACCCUGGUACCUUUGGUUGGAGAAUGGUAUUAAAAACCAAGAUUUGGGUGUUAGGUGUACUCGUUACUAUUGGGAUAUCAUUGUUUAUAGGCCCUCUCGGUAGACAGAGAAAGAAGAUAUAUGGGUAUAUAAUAACCCAUGCAUAUAUAUGCAUCUCUGUCUCUCCAUAUAUAUGUAUGUAUGUGUAUAUAUAUGUGUCUUUAUAUAUUUUUAAAUAUAUAUAGAGAAAAUUUUGUCUUUAGUCUUACAGACUCCACUCAUUUCCAAAGUUACCUAUGCCAGUGCCUAAUUUUUCCAUCCCUUUCAGUGAAGUUGUUUAAUGCAUUUGUGAUACACUUAGAGUCUUUUGUCACAUCCUGUGUUGUGGGAAUGCUAUUAUAAAUGGCACUUUUAAAUAAUCAAAUUCCAAUUGUUCAUUACUGGUAUAUAGGAAAGCAAGUAACUUUUUUUUUUUUUUUUGCGGUACGUGGGCCUCUCACUGUUGUGGCCUCUCCCAUUGCGGAGCACAGGCUCCGGACACGCAAGCUCAGUGGCCAUGGCUCACGGGCCCAGCCGCUCCGCGGCAUGUGGGAUCUUCCCGGACCGGGGCACAAACCCGUGUCCCCUGCAUCGGCAGGCGGACUCUCAACCACUGCGCCAGCAGGGAAGUCCCAGCAAGUAACUUUUAUAUAUUAACUUACAUCCUGCGAUCUUGUGGCCAGGAGUUUGUCAAUCCUUUGGCAUUUUCUACAUAGACCAUCAUGUCAUCUGCAAAUAUAGUUUUAUUUCCUCCAUUCCAAUCUGUAUACUUUUUAUUUCCUUUUUUGUCUUACUGCACUAGCUAGGACUUCCAGUAUGAUGUUUAAUAGGAACAAUGAGAAAGGACACCCUUGGCCUGUUCCUGACCUUAGGGUUAAGUGUCUACUUUCUCACCACUAAGUAUAAUGUUAGUUUCUUGUAUUCUUUAUCAAAUUGAGGAAGUUCCCCUCUAAUCCUAGUUUGAGAGCUUUUAUCAUGAUUGGGUGUUGGAUUCUGUCAAAUGCUUUUUCUGCAUCAAAUAAUAAAGAUCAUAUGAUUUUUCUUCUUUAGUCUGUUAACAUGUGGUGGAUUAUAUUGAUUGAUUUUCAAAUGUUGAGUCAGCCUUGAAUAUCUAGAAUAAAUUUCACUUGUUUGGUGCCUAACUUUUUAUACGUUAUUGGAUUCAAUUUCAUAAUAUUUUGUUGAGGAUUUUCUGUAUGCGUUCAUUAGAAAUAUUGGUCUUUAGUUUUGCUUUCUUGUAGUAUAUUUUAUCUGGUUUUGGAAUUAGGGUAAUAAUUGGUUUCACAGAAUGAGUCAAGUGUUCUCUACUUCAGUUUUAUGGAAGGGAUUGUGGAGAAUUGGUAUUAUUUCUAACUUAAAUGUUUGGUAAAAUUCACUGGUGAUUUCUAAAUGUUUACUGGUGAUCCUUAAAUGUUUGGUAGAAUUUGGUCCUAGUGAUUUCUAUCUUUGGAAGGUUAUUAAUUAUUGAUUCAAUUUCUUUAGUAGGUACAGAAUUAUUCAGGUUAUCUUUUUCCCCUUGUGUGAGUUUUAGUAGUUUGUACCUUUUGAGUAAUUAGUCCAUUUCAUCUAAGUUAUCAAAUUUGUAGGCAUAGAGUUGUUAAUAGUAUUCCUUCAUUAAGAAGAUAAUGUCCAUGGAAUUAGGAGUGAUAACCCCACUUUCACUUCUGAUAUUUUAAUAUGAGCCUUCUUUCUUUUUUUCUUGGUUACCCUGGUAAGAGAUUUAACAGUUUUAUUUAUCUUUUCAAAGAACCAGCUUUUGGUUUUGUUGAUUUCCUCUGUUGUUUUCCUGUUUUCACUUUCCUUGAUUUUGUCUCUAAUAUUUCUUUUUUCCUGUUUGCUCUAGGCUUAAAUUACUCUUCUUUCUUUAGUCUCCUGAAGAGAAAGUGUAGGUUAUUGAUGUUAGAACCUUCUUCUUUUCCAUAUAUGCAUUUAAGCUAGAAAUUUCCCUUUAAGCACUACUGUUGAUUCAUCCCAAAGAUUUUGAUAUGUUGUAUUUUCAUUUAGUUCAAAGCAUUUUUACAUUUUUCUUGAGAAUUCUUCUUGGAUUCAUGUGUUAUUUAGAAGUGUGUUGUUUAAUUUCCAAAUAUUUGGGUUUUCCAUCUAUCCUGUUAUUGAUUUCUAGUUUAAUUCUACUGAGAGCAUACUUUUAUGAUUUCUAUUCUUUCAGAUUUGUUAAGGUGUGUUUUAUGACCUAGAAUAGGACUCUCUUGGUGAAUGUUCUAUAUGAGCUUGAAAAUAAAUAUGUUCUGAUGUUGGAUGGAAUGUUCUAUAAAUGUCAAUUAAAUCAAGUUGAUUGAUAAUAC